ACUAAACUUAAUUAUAAGGACACACAUUUUUACAAGGAUGUGUAGAAAUACACAAAUAAUCACUUGACUCAAGUGAUGAAAAUACAGAAUGUUGGCUUUUCCCGUGACUGUGCAGUAUGUGGGAAAGGCAGAAACCACAGAAAUUCAACAGCUAUAUAACCAAAGAGUUGACAUUUACUUAUGGGAAGAUACUUCUCUUGCACUAUGAGAAAACUCUUGAAUGUAUUUCAAGCGUUCCAUAAUUGUAUACAAUUAAAUCUUCUCAAGUAAAUUUGUGAAUGGGAUUAUUUGUUUUUCACUCAACCUGUUAAAAUCCUUCACCAGCCUAUUGGAGAAGGUCUUGCAUUUACUCACCGGGAAAAUUUGGGAGGCUUUCUUUCCCUCUACCUCUUUAAAAGGUGCAGUUAAAUAUUUUCAAUUUUUUUGGAGACAGAGAAAGUUCUCCCCCCCCCCCCCCCCAACGAAGUCUUCAUGUUCCAAAAUAUCUUACCUUAUGUAUCCUUACCAAGGACAACGGGUAUUUGGGGGUGAAGAAGUUUCCAUUAUGUGUGUUUUAGGGCAGCUAUUGUGUUAAAAGCUAUUGUGUUAAAAGUUGUUUUAGUGUGACAUUGAUUAAAGGAUGUAAUAUAAAUGUCUCACAACUUCUUCUUUGCAGGUUAGAAUUAAACCCCCAUAUUUCCACCUCAUGCAGUUGUUUUAUUUUUGAAAGUCAUGAGUUCUGUAAUGGCUAGUUGAUGCUGCAGUUGAUGAACGACUAUGGUUUUGCUGAUUCAUUUCAAGACACUUAGCUGCUUUCUUAUUAUUUUCAAUGCAUAUUGAGUGGAAAAAGCAAAGCUGCAGCUUCCUCUGGUCAAUGUGUGGAGUUUGAGAUGGGAAAAGCAAGUAGCUCUGAAAUUGAACGUGGAGAAAUAGAGUUGAUCCGUUUGUGAAACGGAGAACCUCUCGGUGUUAGAAGUUGUUGCUGAACAGGUUGGACAAAUGGCGUUUUUCAGAAACCUCCAGCAAAAUCUGAGCCUUCCCUCUGUGUCUGCUCUGGUCGACACACUUAGCAGUGCUGUGGAUGAUCUGACCAGUGCUGUGGGAGAGGUCGGCUACAGUGUAGCUGAUUCAGUAACAGAGCAAGUAACAAACAUGAUAAAUGGCCUUCGGGCAGAAGGUGAAAGCUCCAAAACACAGAAUGAUAAACCUGUGGAAGGCAGAGAGGAACAUGCGCCAUCAUUAGCUCAUUCUCAGGAAAUUCAUGUGAAAGCGAAGAGAGGCAUUGCAGAAUAUAAAGAUACUCAUUCUAAUUCAUUAGAUUUUGUAAAAAAAGAUACAGGUCAGGAUGCAGUAUCUGACCAUGGCAUGGACAAAAACCAGUGCAAGUUAAAAGACACAGAUAGUAAUAAUCAUUUAAGUGAUACAGAAGUAUCUCAGGAUUUGAAGACUGUAGGAGGACCUUUUAAAAGGGAAGUGGUAGGAGGAAAGGAGUGUUUUGUAAAUGAUAAGUACUUAAAGGAUAAUAACCUGAAAAGUAAUAAAUUUACUAUGGAACAAUCCCUUGAGGAGCAAGGUAAUUCCCUACAUGCAGUAUCAGAUAAUUCUCAGACUCACUUGAAUAGAAAAAUCAAACCACGGUCACCUGGAGUUGAUGCUAAGGAUUCUGGCAAAGUGCACAGUAUGAAUGUUCCCCAAGAUUCAGAAACAAAACUUGAAGUACAGAAGCAAAAAUUGUCAGGCUCCAGCUUGAAGAAGAUGCACAAUGAGCAGCCCAAUUGCAUUAAUGAAAUCAAAGAAAAGAAAUCUGAACCCUUUUUGGACAGAAAAGGAAAAUCUCUAUCAAAGGGUGAAGACAGUGUGUCAACCCCAGUUGCAAAAAUGGGUAAAAAGAAAAACUCAAAGAAAUCAGAAAGAGAGCUGUGUAAUAAGAAGACAGCAGGAAAAGACAACUCUUAUAUGAGUAAAGACCAGCAUGGUUCAUCAUCUGAGAGUGAAGAUGAAGCACUGGGUAAAUAUCAUGAGGCCUUGUCUAGAACCCAGAGUUCCAGGCUGCCAGUGGUGGAUGGCAGACAGCAAAAAAACUAUGUAUGGGAAACCAGACAAAAAUAUAGUCCCCUGUCUGCAGAAUAUGAUGGAUACAGUAGUGAAGCCUCAAUAGAUGAAGCGAACUGCAUUCAGAGGAUGAGAAGAACACCUCCACUGGAUGAACUGCAGCCACCUCCAUACCAGGAUGAUAGUGGUUCUCCCCAUCUUUCGUGUACACCUUCAGAAGUCGGAGAUAGUAAAUGUGAAUUCUCCCAGUGUAGCAACAGUCCAAGAUGUUCAUAUAAGUGCCCAAGUGAGGGAAGCACGGGGCACGAAAUAGAAAGCUUUCAUAACAAAGGAUACGAAGAGGAUGUGCCAAGUGAUAGCACAGCUGUCCUUAGUCCAGAGGAUAUGUCAGCUCGAGGAUCGUCUUCACAGCUUCCUAAACCUUUUGAUCCUGAGCCAGUAGCUAAAUACGGCACACUGGAUGUGACUUUUGACUAUGACUCACAGGAACAGAAGCUUUUGGUGACAGUGACAGCUGUCACAGACAUUCCCACUUACAGCAGGACAGGUGGAAGCUCGUGGCAAGUACACCUAGUUCUUCUCCCCAUAAAGAAGCAGAGAGCAAAAACCAGCAUCCAGCGGGGACCGUGCCCUGUCUUCACAGAGACAUUCAAAUUCAGUCACGUGGAGUCUGAGAUGAUUGGGAAUUAUGCGGUUCGCUUCAGACUCUACAGCGUACGGCGCAUGAAAAAAGAGAGGGUUGUGGGAGAAAAGAUUUUUUACUUAACCAAAUUGAAUCUUCAAGGGAAGAUGUCAGUGCCAGUGAUACUGGAACCUUCUUACAGUCUGUCUGGUUGUGACUCUCAAAUGAGCAUGUCAGAAGUAUCCUGCAGCGAAAGUACCUCCUCUUGUCAGUCUCUGGUACAUGGCUCAGCUCCAGAAAUCCUCCUUGGCCUCCUUUAUAACGCUACAACUGGAAGAUUAUCAGCAGAAGUGAUAAAAGGCAGCCACUUCAAAAACUUGGCAGCGAACAGACCACCCAACGGACUGUUCUGUUGUCUAAAACACUUGAUAGGUGGACAGGUUUAUAUAAUCCGAGAUACAUAUGUAAAGUUAACACUGCUGAACUCUAUGGGGCAAGAGAUGUCCAAAUGCAAAACGUCCAUCCGCCGAGGACAGCCAAAUCCAGUAUACAAAGAAACCUUCGUUUUCCAAGUGGCACUGUUUCAGCUUUCAGAUGUGACACUCAUACUGUCUGUGUAUAAUAAGCGCAGCAUGAAGCGAAAAGAGAUGAUAGGGUGGAUUUCCUUAGGUCUCAACAGCUCAGGAGAAGAUGAACUCAAUCACUGGACUGAAAUGAAAGAAUCUAAAGGACAGCAAGUAUGUAGAUGGCAUACUUUGCUAGAAUCAUAACGGAUGGUACAAAGUGCAGUCGUGGUUCUAAGGGAUUUUGGUCUCCAGAAGGUGAUCAUCCCUGGUAACAAUCAACAGAUUUGUUGUGGAAGUAAAAAUUGAAAAUUGAGGUCAACAUUCCAUCAUAAAGAAUGCACAACAUGCAAACUGGCGGGAUUUAAUAGAUAAUCUUCACUUAGAGUCCUACGCUUCCUUGGUGACAAAGAAGUCUUGCUGUACACAGAUACAUUAGUGGUCCCUCUCCCCUCUACCUGAUGCUGUAUUUGUUUGGGUUUGUUUUGUGGUUUUUGAUUCAGAAACAUUUUAUGUAAGGUUCUCCAAAUCAAUGUAAGCUCCUCUUUGUGUAAUUUUUGUAUUGCUCUAAUACUGUAGCUUCUGACCUGCCUGUGUUCAGAUUAAAGGUCAAUCAUUUGCACUUUGAGAAAAACUGAAUGAUCUGUAGAGCAAAAUUAAAACCUACCGGUGGAGAACACUUAGUAGUAUAGCAAAUAAUUCUAUACUGUUGUUUUACACUGAGUUUCUUUCCAGGAGCCUAGUACAAAUAAGUUUUCAUUUUUUGAUAUGCAGUUGGUUUGAAAAAUCCUAGCAUUUGGGCAACAGGUGAACUUUAAAAUCAAACUAAUGUUUCUUCAAUCCGUGACAGGAACGAGCUCUAUAUAUGGCAUAAAUUGGGUUUUUCCCUUUUGCCUGUACUUCUGCCUAAUCCAAAGAGACCAGAUCAUUAGUUUGGUCCCUUCCAAAUCUCCUUAGACAGGUUGUACUGUAAAACUGUGUAACUUUCUGUUGAAAGCACUUCCUGUAUUCAUGUAUUCCAAUGUAGGAAGCUCAUAGAGCACGAGUUUACUAAAAUAUUUUUUCAUUAAACAAAUUGAUACAGAUUUCUUUAAAAUGUCAGCAGUUGGAAGGUAGGUUGAAAGACGUUAAGGAAGUGGCAGCAGUUGAACUACUCUGACUGAAUGCCAAAUACUGUGGCUUGGGUUGAAAUAGGUAUCCGUUUGAAUCUCUUCUGAGCUGUUAUAGUUAUUACCAUAUGCUAUUUGUUGGAAGUAGAGAGCAGACCAGGAGUUUUUACCUUUCUUCUUGGAGAAGAGAACUAUCAGUAAGUUAUUUUUCUAGAGAUUUGCCAGCAAUUGAAUGAAUGUUCACACUCAAAGUAGAAGUUUGCUUUGCUUAUGUUCAGGUUGGGAAACACAGCUUUCUAAUGACACAACUGAGAAGCCACAGUAUCCCAAGAAAGUUUGCCAUCAGAUAAACCCUCAUGGCUUCCAAUGAAAUUGGGGAAAUACCAGUGCUUCUGAGAUUCCUAUUUGUCCCAAAUACUUUCACAAGAAUCACGCUAAUUUACUGGCUGCUGAAUAUAAUUCAUGUUAUAUUCAUUGUGGAUUAUUGAGAAAACGUGUUUUUAAAAAGCUUCCCAAUUCAAAUACUCUCUUUGUGUGUAAUUAGAAGUUUCAUCUAAUUGUUGCUGUAUGGAAAGCAAGUGAUUUUUUUUCUUAUAAAUGAUGGUGGUGUCUUACUAAUAUGGGAUCUCACUGAGUGUUGUAGGACUUGGUGGUUAGAAGAGUGAAAUUUUGGAUUGUGUUGCGAGAAUUAGUGAGAGCCUAGAGCGUUCUCAUUAGGACAAGUGUUUUUCUCUUGAUUUUCUUUAUAAUGCUUGUAAACAAUCCUGGCUUUAGGGUAUACAGACAGUCAAGUACAGUGAGAUCGAGACCAUGAGUAUUCUAUAAUAAAGAUAUAUGACAUGGUUCUCACAUUCUCACACUGAUUAAUAAUUUCAUUAAGUCCUUUUUAAUAGAUACUGUAAUUCCACUUCACGGUUUAUUUGGUGCCUUUGGAGGGGUUUCUUUGCAGAGCCAGGCCUUCAGAUUUUAUUGAUUUAAAGAUUUAAAACAUUAUUACAGGCCUUUUUGGGUUUUUCUCCCCUGGUAUUGCACUGCUGCUUCAUUUACAGAAGCUUUGUUUACUAAAUACAGAUAAUGCAAAAACUUUCUUUAAACAGGAAUGGUCUUGCAGUAAUACAAUACAAGUUAUCUCUUUCAGUAUUUUUUGUUGCUCAGUUUGUGAAAUGUGAUGUUGAGUGUAGAAUUUAAUAAAAAAUCAACAUUAAUUUUAUAUGCAUAAGGAAAAUGCUCAGAUUUUCCCAAUCCUUUCAGCUUUCCAUAAAAUAGAAACACUGACAUAGAGGCUGUUCAAUAGCAAUUUUUUAAUUGAUGUGGAAGUGUUUUUACUCAUUCUGUUUGUGGAUAUUUGGAUACUCUUUCCUAAAGCUGAAAGUUAUCUCUUGAUGGUUGUACAGGUUGUGCUUUAUAAAAUAAUGUACAGUAUUUAACAGCAAGAACUGAGAAAAUUCAUUCCAAUGGAGAAUAUACUUACCACCACCACCGAAUAAAUGAAGAAAGUUUGGAAGGUGCAGCAAAUAACCUCUUACAGAACCAAACUAAACAAACUGUGUUGUGACUUGGCUUUCUGUUUGUAGGUUGCAUUGCUUGAAUUUUACGUCUAACCAUUCCAAUUUCUAAGACACUAAAAUCUUAAUUUAGACACAGCAGAGAUUUAUAGUCCAUAUAUAUAUGUUGGGCACAUUUGGACAGAGGACUCUCUCUAGAUCGUGUGACUUCUCCCAUGGUAUGCAGGUCCAGUCUGUGCUUCUCAGGAGGAGGUUUGGCUUACUUGGGUUUAUACUGUACAAAGGCUGGGAACUGAAUGUAUAAAGAAUGAAAAUGAAUGUUCAAUUUUGAGGCAGUGGAAUAUGGAUUUGCCAUGCAAAACCAGUCACGCCAAUAAUUAGAUUUGCCCUGGGUUUUUUAUGAAUUAGUUAGAGUAUCAAUAGAUGUCAUGUUGGUUUUCUUCCUGGAUCCCGUUCUUAUGAUUUAUUUCAAAUUUGUUUUUCUUGUUGCUUUAUGCAAACCUAUACUUUUGUAUUUGAAAUCAGCCUUUUAGAUAUCGGUUUUCUUAAACCCUGCAUAAGGGCUUAUACAUCCAGUGUGCUUUUGUGCAUUCAGUUAGGUCUUAAGCCUGGAACAGAAUUUCUGAAGAACAAAGUAUCAGAAACAAAUUAGAGGCAUUUGUGUUUUCCUCGGAGUUGUCUGUGCUCUUUAUUUGUAGCUUUUUGUUGUUUACCUUUGUUCAAAAGUACAGUAAGUACUUGGAAGAACUUAUCAAAUUAAGUACUUUUCUGUGUGCCAAUAUACCAUGUGGAGAUUACAAUUCCUGAAUUGAAUCUGUUUCCUGACAGUGUAGCCUUAAAUAGUCAUAGAACAGUGACGAUCUUACAGAUUCUGUUCUUGAAAAUACUGCAUCCUUUUGGUAUAUGAUCUAUUUGACUUCAUGUUUAGAAGAUUUCACAUAGGCCUUCUUAAAGUGUUGUAAAUAUGAAGAACAUGGUUAGUUCCUUUCUGUACUAAGGGCAAGAUUGUGAAGGGCAGUACAGUCAAGCAUGAAAUCACUGUGCAGAAGAAUGAUAUCCAUGUUGUAACCACGCUGCAAAGGUGGACGUCAGGCAAAGUGUAAGUUCUGCUACUGGAAAAAUAUGACAUGAUUUCUAAAUCCAAUUAAAAUCCUCUAACCUCGUUAAUUAGAUUUCAAAAUAUGUUAAGCCCUUGGAAUGAAUGUAUGUGCUCUUAUUGGAACUGAACCUUGUUUAUCAAUGUAGAGAAUACUUGAGCUGAAAGCAGAUUUUGUGGCAUUUACUGUAGGAGAUAUUUUCGCCUGUAAUUCUUUACAACCAUUCCUGAUGGUAGCAUGCAGUGCCAGCAUCAGAACCUUCCCAUUUUUCACACCCUUGGAGCAAUUUUUUGCUGUCGUCUAGAAUUUGUGUUUGUGUUACUGAUUUUUUCUCUUUUCUCCCUAAUGACUUGCUCUGGCAAACUCCCCAGCACCCUGAGAAGCUGUCUGUGCAGUCACUGGACCUUAGAUGUCAAAGGCACUCUGCACCUCUUGCAGUAAGGUACUGCUGCAAAACUUCUAUGAUCUGUCCAACUCCCUAAGAUUUCUAAAUGCAAACCGUCAGGUUUAACAUACUGAAGCAGAAAAAGAAAACUUUUUUUUCUUCAAAGGAGACAUUUUAAUGUAGGAAUUGAAAUCAGAUUGCUCUUAUACCUACAAAUUCUAACAAAAAAUCUGCAGUAAAAUCAGAGAAUGAGAUUUGAGGGGAAGCCUUUUGGCCUGAGCUGUUCCAACUUGAAACUAACAGCAGAAUGCCCUUUCAUUUAAAUGAGAUUUGUAUUGAAUCCUUUACUUUUUCAUAACACUUUUCUGGAGGAAAAUAAUGGGUCCUGUUUAAAGCAGUCUUUAAAAUUAUGGCUUGUCCCUUGUAAGGCACACUGACUUCCUCCUGAAGCUGAAUUCUCAACAGCUAAACAUCUGUUUAAUUUUCCCAUUGAUGUGCAUGCCUGCCUGCUAUUAAUGUUAAUCUGGGGAGCCUGUGGGCAUCAACAGGAGAGUAAACCUGACCAUGAAAGGAUGAAGUGCAGUAGGAUCAGUAGGUUAGAGCAGUGUUACAGUGUGGCACCUGCAACACCAUCAAAUGGGAAUUCAGUUAUGAAUGGAGGUGUAAAACCAAGUAUCCAGAUACUGUCACAUACUUGCUAUUUAAUCAUUAUCUCUUAUUUUUGUUUUUCCUUUUCCUCAGCUUCUGAAAUAUUUUUAAAACUUAAUAUUAAAACUGUUAAAGCAGUCCCCAAACAUCUUGAUCAUUUUAACUGGAACAUUCAGCAAAUUCAUUGUUAGAGCAAGCCAUCAAGAGUGUUCUGUAUUUUUGGUCUAUUUAACUCAACUGCCAGAUUUUGUAGUGCAUCACAGCUGGAUUUCAGACUACUUUGUUAUGAUGGUAGUUUCAGAGGGGAAAGGCACUGUAGUGUUUGCUUGUCAGUGAAUUAAUGCCUGAUGAAGAGAUGUCGUCUGAGAGCGAGAGCAGUGAAGUAACAGAUGGCUUCGUACAGUGGCAGGAAAAGUGACUCAAAUUCCACUAUUGAAGCCUUGUGGCCCUCAGAGGACCCUACUCAGAGAAACCAGGACAUGUGAACUGUGGGAGUUUAUGCAUUCCAAGCAGCACCAGUCUGUCUGGGCAUUCCAUGCCUUCUAACUUAGUGUAUUUUACAGAUGUAAGCAGGGUAGAUGAUGUUUAUUUACUCAGGGUCAGUACCAGCUGCCCUACAGUGAUAUGGAUUAGUUUAGCCUUAUGGACUUAUCACUGCCCCUCCUUAAGUUCAAGCAGGGUUUCUUCCUUUCUGCAGACUAUGCAGAAAUCUUACCUGCGUCUGCGUAUAUUAUGCCUACCUGAAUAUGGCAUCAUUAUAUUAACUCUAGCAAGCUUAGUUCAUAUAUAACAUGGUGUGGUUGAAUUAAUAAAUUGGUUUGAUACAUGCUAGAUCAGGUUUUCCUGUGCAGGCUUAUGCUGGUAUAAUAUAGAAGUAAGAUCCUUACGCAGAGGAAUGUGCCAGGAAUCAGGAAAGCAGGUAGUUUUGCUCCUGUCAGGAAUGAAGACUAGGAAAUGGCUAUGCCCAGGAAAUGGGCAAGGCUGGCCUAGUAGCAGGAAGAAUUCAUUCACCUCCUUGGAAGCAUGCUACUGCUCAAGUUGACAUAAAGCCUCCAAAAGCUGCCUGUCUGAAGAGCCUACUCAGGAGAGCAGAAGCAGUAAUACCAUACCGCUGAAGGAAUACCUCAUGGACAUUCAGGGAUGUAAUUAAUGUCAUCCUUUUUUUCUCUUAUACCUGAGGACAGGAGCCUUGCCCAUUGUAGCAGGUUAUUUAUUUUGCCAUGUUUUGUGAAUCCUGUGGACACUGUCUGCAUGCCGAGGGUUUAAAGUGGAUUGCUUUGUAACAUUUGGUUCAUUUCCAAAAUAGGAGUUUGAAUUGACUAAAAGCACGACCGUAGCUUUGAGAUGUAAUCUCUAGGCCAUUGUGUGAGCAAGGAGCAGGGCUUUGAACAAGUGUUGAUAGCAAAUUUUGCUAUUAUGACAUUUUAAGAAAAUUUCUAAGCAGUUGAAUGUAUUAGGGAAUAUUUACAAAAAAGGAGCUAGAGCAAAGAUCUUUUUUUACUGUACAGCUAGUUUGCUGUCCUUUCCAGUAAACCACAAGGUUCAUUAGUGCUCAGUACUGUUUCGUUUAUGGUAACUGUUUUUAAUGUGAUUUUCAUGACAAAGUGUAAUUAGUGAAACCUUUUAUUCAAUUUUUUCCCUUUCUUUGCUUUUUUUAAGGAGAGAUUUCUCCUUAUAUAGUCUAUAUACUUUCUUACAGAGCUUUCUUACCUAUUUUUAUAUAAGAUGAUUUAACAAUGUAAAAUAAAAUGCUCUAUGAGCAAGCUAUAUCACUGUUACACAAUCUAAAGUGCUAAUAUAAUGACUAAGGGCCUGAACCUACUGCCUUUUACUCAGGUCCUGGUUUAACCACGUGUCUCUCAUGCUAUGUAGUACCUUUCCCUAUAAGCAAUUCCAUCUAUUUCUCCAGGAUGACUCAGAGAAAGGCACUAUGAACAUGAACAACAGUGGUAAAACUGAGCCUCCUCUCCCUUCUUCAUGGGACAUCUGUCAUGAGUAAAGGCUGCUGGCUCUGUUCCAGAAGUGUGGUUAUAGAUUAUAGUUCCCUUGAUCUUCAGUGAUUUUGAACUUGCUUUCUGGUGACUAUAAGCUAAUAGCUGAUCUUAGUGAAUACCAAUAUUGAAUCGUGCUGCUAUCAGCAAGAUUAUUAAAAUGUCUUUCACAUUUUAAAUCAUUCUUUCAUUGGAAUAUAAGGAAUUGGAUUUGUGAAUCAUUAUAUUGCAUAGAGAUAGCACACAUUCACCGCAUUUUUAAAAGGUAUUAAAUAUACAGUAUGUAGCAUUUUCUUGCAUACUUUUAUACUGCCUGUAUGCCACCGAUGCACUCGGUGCCUUCUUUCUUUUGUAUAAAACUAAUAUGUAGAGAAACUACAGCUCUAGUGUGUAAGCAGUCACUGCAACUGAAGAGAUGUCUUAACCUGAUUAUUCCUAGUAGAGGAGGUUUCAAGUGGCAGUUCAGUCCAACGCAAUUUGAAUUCAGAGUUUUCCCCUUCCCUUCCUCACCCCCCUUUCCAAGAAACCUCCUUAUACGACUGUUUAUUCUUGAUUGAUUCCUGUGUCUGAUGUAGUGUCACGUGGUGUUAACCAAAGAUCCAAGUCUGUUUCUAAUUCUUUGGACAAGUAAUGUUUGGACUUGCUAUUACUUAAAGACAGAAAUGAUAUAAUGGAUCUCUUCGAACAAAUAUAAAAUAGGCUUCUGUAAAUGUGACUCACAGCUGAGAAUUCAAGAUACCUCUUUUCUGACUGGUUGUGUGUUAUUGUAUCACUAGCAAAGUGUUUCAGUUGUAUUUCUUUGUGCACUUUAAUCAAAAGCCCAUCACAAAGCAAAAGCAAAAAUAUAAGUCAGUCAGUGCUGUCAAAUUAGCUUAUUCUACCCAUUUUAUAACUCUAUCUGAAGUGUGCAACACUUGAGAACAGAUUUGGCUUUUCUGUGUCUGGAGUCCUGAUGAUAUAUAAUAACUGUCUAAUGUAUGCUGGUCUUAGAGAAACAGACUCAUGCUGCAUUGUGUGUACAUUUCUUACCAGAGUCUCUUCGUUGUAGAAUUUAUGUGAUAGAACACAGUUUUCAACUACUGUUUCAAUUUGAAAUUCCUUAAAUUUCAAUGCAUGUAUAGCCUUAAACAUUUAAGACACCAAGCACAGUUUUAAUGGGAAUAGGUUAUAUUUGCAAGUCCUGUUUGGCACGGAAGCAAGAGAAUUAUUUUUCUAUCUCAGUCAAAGAUUAUAAACCAUGGGUAUCUUGCAGCAAUGUCGUCAACCAUGCUCCUAAUUAUCUGCAUUUAGGAAGAAGCAUUUUUGCUGAAGUUUUUUGAGGUGAAAUACCAGUGCUUAUUUCCUUUCUUGAAUUUGCUUAUUUUGUUUCCGUACUUUCAUUGCUGUACAGAACCUUGGAGCCCUUGACUAAUGCCCACGUUUGAAUUCACCCCCAUUUUCAGAAUUCCUUGAGCUGCUUUUCUGCUCCAGUUUUAAGUUGAAGAAGCAGUAAUUAAGUCUCAAAUAUUUCUUUUUUUCCAUUUUGACAGUAAUAUAAUUAGAGCAAAUGACCGUUUGCAACUGUUUAUGCAGCUUAUUAAAGUUUAAGGACUUUGUUGGGAACUGUCGUCGUAACCCAGAUGAAGACGUAUGGUUUAUGGCAUUUUGGUCCACAAGCAGGUGAAAACGGGAGUUCUGGCAAUGAAUCUGCAUAUUGGGUGUCAGAUUGUAAAUCGCCAGUGGGGUUUAUAAUGAAGUGUCGCAGUGUAUCUACAGUAUUUCCAGUUAUGUGUUGUCAGAUGCUUGUUGGUUUGUUUUCUUUAUUAUUCCCUAGCAAAAACCUGCUUUUAUCAUUUUUGUGCUCCUGUAUAUUAAUCUUAAGGGUUUCCUGUGUGCAAGUUCAGUUUCAUGUUGUCAUUUCUCUCAUAUGGACUUUCAGCAUAUGCAUCCCAUUACUAUUUUGGGGAGAGGCAGAAUGCCACCAGCUGGUUUUAGUCACACGUACCUGUACAGCACAGGUAACCUUAACCCCAUGUUAGUUUGAUGAAAACAUGCUCUAGUAUAUUUUCAAACUAUGGAUCUGUCACAACAUUAAAAUAGUCAUUUUGUGUAUCUGAAGCUUUGCAGCUGUGGAUUUGUAUUUUGUUUGCUUCCUCUAUUUGUAUUGAUGACUGUGAAGUGUAUUUUUGUCAGUUUGAGGACUGGAAUGGGUAUCCUUCAGUUAUUUCAGAGUAUUUUCUGUACGUGGAAUCAGCUUUUUGCAUGUGAACUUAAUUGCUGGAAAUUAUUUGGGAAAAAAAAAAAGGAGAAAUCACUUUUAAAACCAGUUGUUGUCACUUUCCUUUGGAAUUCAUUAGAUCAUAACCAAGUGGAAUAGGCUUCACUGGAAGAUGGUAGUGCUUGUUCAACCAUUUGAACUGCUGUCUGCAUUAAAGAGAAGAAAACCUGAUUUAAUUCUGGCCACCUAAUCCUGGCCCUUACACACUUUUUGGCUCUGUCUCAGAAUUCCUUAAGAGUCCCCAAUUCCCUUUCUGUUCCUCACAGUCUUUGUUGAUGUCCUCCUGAAUCUUCUACUUAGAGAGUUUUAAACUAACCAGUGUGACAAUGUUCAGACAAACACGAUGUGUAGACUGGCAAAUAAAGACACACUCAGGUGA